UCUAACCAGUGAAAUCGUCUCAUCAUAUGUUAACAGACCCUAUUUGCGAGGAAUGAGAAGCCUUUCUACAGUUUUUAUUUUACUAGUCAAAAUUGAGUGACCAGCAUGGUUGCGUUUUAUUAGUCUAAUUGCUUUAUCUGAGAGGUGAGGCAAAUUGAUUUGUUAAGGAGAUGAGGAGCAGAGAUUCUAAUAAAGAAGAGCUCGCCUUUAAAGCGCACCACAUUGCAAGCUUCAUUGAAGGAGAAGAAAAGCUUACAGCUUCUAGUGUUGUUCAUCAUAUAAACUUAUUACACGGAGGAGGUCGUAUUGACGAGACACCAUGUAAAGUCAGACUAGACGAUAAAGGAAUUUUGAUUGAAUUAAAUUCCUCGAAGGAGGUCGUGGAGUUUUUUGAAUGGUCUUCCAUAAGCGACCAAGCAGCAAUUUUUAAGCGUUCAGAAGACUUCCAGUAUGGCUAUCUUAUACUUUUUCGGUGCUCACAGUAUAAUGCAGAUCUCGAGCCUAAAGAUUCUGAAGUUCAUGUCUUUAGUUGCGAAACAAAAGAUGAUGCUAAACUACUGGUUGACUCGAUAUAUAAUCAGAAGAACUCAGCCCUCGGACUUAACUCAAAUGGGGACGCUUCAAGAAGUCCUGAGGUAAAUUUGCGUCGCGGCAGGUCAGAAGAAAAAAUAGACUCUACAGGAUAUGAUGGUGGAAGGAAUUUUUAUAUGCUUAACCAAUGUAUAGACGAUAUAGAAUGCUUUGAAAAUCGUCUAGAGAAAGCGAUCAAACGAAGGUCGUCUUACAACAGAAAUAGUUCAGCCGAAGGAGUUUUGAACAACGUAAGUUAUCCAAGUAAACAAGACGCUCAAGAAAUAAUAAGAAAAGUAAAAUAUGCUUUUAAUAUGAAUGAACAAAUUCAACCACAUAUUCCAGAAGAAAUAUCAAAGAAAAUUUUCAUUCGACUAUUCAACACCGUUCAGUGGUUGGAUAAAGUUUGUCGACAUAAUAUUGUACCUGACUAUGACCAAUAUAUGGUGCGUGAGAUUGUUGAACCUUUAUUGGAAGAGGCUACGCUUGCCACGAUUUCAAAAAGAUUACAAAAUAAAAUCGAGUUUUGGAAAGGACUAGGUCCUGCUUGGAAUACUCCACCUGAAAAAUGGAGCGAACAUCUCGCUCGCUAUUCCCCACAUUUUGCCUCUAAAUCUGUUAAUAAACGCCAAACAUGGCACGCCGAAGCUAACAUAGUAACGCCAAGCGUAGGAGAUGUUGAAAUAAAAGUAACACAAGCAAUCUCACCACGCCAUUCUCCUAUUCCUUCUGAACGAGCCAGAACUCCUUCACCGGUGCGUCAAAUUGUUACGGUGGAAAAAUCUCCAGAACAAAGAGUGAAAUCAGUGGAUCAACGUAGUAGCCACCCUCAACGUCGUUGGGAUUCUGAAGAAAAAUGGUGUGUUGUGAAUGUACUACAUGUAGGUGCUAAACCUCAAGAGCUAACUGUACAACCAGGCGAUGUUCUACAAAUUCUAAAUAGUAGUAAAGGCGAUUGGUGGUUAUUACAAAAUGAUGCAGGAGAAUCUGGUGAGGUACCUGCUUGGAAAUUAAAAGCUUAUAAUUAUCGACCAGAUCAUCCAACUACAGCUGGAUUAAAGAAAACUCCAUCAAUGAAUAAUUUAUUAAGUAGAAAAUCUACUGAAAUAUUUGGAAAUGAUAGUGAUAAUGUUAAUUUGGAAAAUCAUUCCAAUUUCCAGUCACAAAGAAAUAAUUCACAUGCGCCCAAAAGUAUACUACGUGAUAAGUCCCCAACUAGACAAACAGAUAAUUCUGUUUUAAAUUUAAGUAUACCUAAUUCACCUACAGGUCAAAAUUCUAACAUUGAUAAUAGAAUUAUGAAUGAUGUUAAUACCAAUGCUAAUAAUAACGUUAUGUAUAUAACACCAUCACAACUUCAAGAAGCAAUCAAAAUUAAUAGUAAUGUACCAAUGAUAUUAAUUCCAGUACCUAGUUUAUAUAGUAAUAAUCCCGAAAUGUCAGCGAUUAAUUGGUCUAAUCUAAUUAACCCAAAUACAAAUGGUGCUGAGUUAGCAAGAACUCCCAAUCCUGGUGCUUUAGGACCAGGCUGGAAACCAGCUCCAAUAUUGAGUACUUCAGCAACUGAAGCUUUGGGCUACUCGCCGUAUCCUUUCAACUAUCCAACUCAUAUGCAUACUAUGACCAGAGAAUUGAGAGAAAGAUUGUCUAAAAUGCAACUUGGAGGGGGUACCGGUCUUAAAUCAGUGCCUGUCCCCUCAACAACACUUGAUAAACCUGAUCAAAGAUUAUCGAAAUAUGCAUCUAAGGAGGAAGUUGCCGAAUGGUUAGUAGCUCAUCAAUUUUCACCAAAAGCUAUAUCUGCUUUGAAAGGAUUUAAAGGAAUGGAUCUUUAUACAAUGAACCGAACUCAGUUGGAACAACAUGUUGGACCAGAAAGAUGUGAUGAACUAUUUUAUGCAUUCCGAGGCACCUAAUUCAAUUUCAGUAAUCAUUAAAUUAAUGAUUGUGUAAACUGUUCAUAUCAGAAGCUUAGCAAAUUCUUCAAAAUCCAGUCUUUUUUAAUCCUUCUCUCUGUUUUUAUCACCAUGUUGAUUAGUGACCAUUAGUUUGAAUUAAUAUGAAUGAUUCCUAACAGCAUUUCGGAAAAUUUAGAAACCAGUCUUUAUUAACAAUAUUAUUUUCAAUAAAUCAAUGCCAAAUGGGGUACUAAAAUACAGUUCUUUUUCGAAACUUAUACGUAACCUGUUUUUAUGUAUUGAUAUUUCUAAUGCUAUAUUUGUGAAUGAAGGUUGCUUUACAAACAAUAAUUCUCUCUCUUAUAUAACAUUUGGUUUAUAUAUAUAGAACAGCACAACUGCAACAUGAUUACAUUUUGUUCAUGUAAUCAGAAUAUCUGAAGUUUACUGUCAAAAAAAUGAUCACGUUACUUUUAUACAUUUUAUUGAUUAUUUUGUCAAAAUUAUAAGUUUUAUUUGCACAAGGAUUUAAGAACGUCCGGUGUGAGAAAACCGCGGAAAAGCUCCAGAUUCGCUGUGAAAUGAAUCAUUUCAUUUUCGGAGUAUUUAAUCCAUAUUUUGCCUUCAAUCGAUCUAAUUCUUCUUUCUUUUUAUCUACAUCAGUUUUCUUGAAUUGCUACAAAAGGAAUGAAAAGCUAUUAAGAACAACUAAAAAAUAUUAUGUACAUACGUAUAGUUAUAGUUAAUAAGAACCUGAUAUUUAUACACAAACCCAGAGACUACAGGUUUUGAUUGAAGCGGUUGAGGUUAACCCGAUUAACAAGCAUAGAUUCGUUUACUAUGUCAAACACAUCAAUCAAGUGAAACUUGUUAAAUAGUUCAGAGCAAUGCAAACAUCAAAAAACCGUCUAGCUCG